AGGUUAAGAGAAUGAGCAAGUAUCACCAAGUCCAGCAGGAACAGGUUCAAAGGAUGAACAAGUACAACCAAGACCAGCAGGAGCAGCUUUGCAGAAUGAAUGAAUACAACCCCAUCCAGAGAAAGCCCCUACACGCGGUGAAUCAGGAACAGGUCCAGCUCUACUUUGAGCCUAUCCCACAAAUCUACCAGCUGAAUACUUACCCCUAUACUGCAUGGUACUACCCUCCACAGUACAUGCCAAAUAUUCCCUUCCUGCCAUCCCAAGACCUCUCAAGGCCCACUGCCUCCGAGAAUGUGGAAAAAACUGAAGUUGUGCUGCAGUGGUGAAGAAUUAAGUCAUUUCUCAAGAACUCCACAAUUAUGGCCUAUGAUGUGACUGAAAAUUCCAUUCUCUGAAUUUUACUUCCUGCUUCUCGUAUAAAACCAUACAAAGGGUUUGGCUCUUUCUUUAAAAGAGGAAAUCCCCAUUUUCAGUACAGCCUUUCUUCUUGGGUUAUCUGCUGUAUUUUAGAUAGCACAUCAUCUUUUUCCUCAACUAAAUCUUUCUGUAGAGUUUCUUGUUCUAAGUUCCAGUUAUGUUAUGCCAACAUGGAGGGCUCUUAACAGAGGGUAUUGAAGUUUUUACUAAGUUUCUUUAGUGGAGAUUUUGUUUAAAAGGCUUCGAAUUGCUUCUUCUGUAAGUGCCACCAUUUCAGAUAAUUGUGUGCAGUGACUGAGAUUUUUUCUUUCUUCUUUCCA